AUGAUUGCAAGUCUUAUAAUUAUCUCAGAUGGCACAAAUGAAAUUGUUCAAAGCAAUAAAAAUAUCAAUGCUCCUUUAAUUUUUAAUAGACAGUUUUUCCAAUUAUUUUCGCUCGAAUGGAUACUUCUUAUGAAAAAGCUUUAAGUUGUUGAUUGUAGUACUUACCUUCUUAAUUAAACUGAUUACAAAUUAAAAAAUAUCUCAGAAUCUACAUUCUUAGAAUUAAAUAAAUUAUACUCUUCCUUUAUUGAGGUUGAAAACUCUGGAUUACUAGAAGAUAUUAAUUAUAGAACAGUAGGAUAAGAUAGUCAAAUUGUAGGGUAUACUUACUUUAUUAUAAAUUUAGAAAGGACAAUAAAAGAGUUAUUUUAUUAUCACAAAAAAUUUGA